GCCAACGUGGACGUGGACGCCGCGCGCCUGGGCCAGCUGGCCGUGAUCAAGACGCUGACGCGCCAGACCAUUUUCUUGCCGCUCGUGGGCUUGGUGGCGCCGCAGGCGUUGAAGCCCAACGACUUGAUCGGCGUCAACAAGGACUCGUACCUCAUCUUGGACACGUUGCCGUCCGAGUACGACCUGCGCGUCAAGGCCAUGGAGGUGGACGAGAAGCCCACCGAGGACUACCUGGACAUUGGCGGCUUGGACAAGCAGAUCGAGGAGUUGAUCGAGGCCGUGGUGUUGCCCAUGAAACAGGCCGACAAGUUCAAGGCGCUCGGCGUCAAGCCGCCCAAGGGCGCGCUCAUGUACGGCCCGCCGGGCACGGGCAAGACGCUCCUUGCGCGGGCGUGUGCGGCGCAGUCCGGCACGGGCAAGACGCUCCUUGCGCGGGCGUGUGCGGCGCAGUCCGGCGCCACCUUCUUGAAGUUGGCCGCGCCGCAGUUGGUGCAGAUGUUCAUUGGCGACGGCGCCAAGUUGGUGCGCGACGCGUUUGCCUUGGCCAAGGAGAAGGCGCCCACCAUCAUCUUCAUCGACGAGUUGGACGCCAUCGGCACCAAGCGCUUCGACUCCGACAAGAGCGGCGACCGCGAGGUGCAGCGCACCAUGUUGGAGCUCUUGAACCAGCUCGACGGCUUCGGCUCCGACGACCGCGUCAAGGUCUUGGCCGCCACCAACCGCGUGGACACCUUGGACCCGGCCUUGUUGCGCCUGGGCCGCUUGGACCGCAAGAUCGAGUUCCCGUUGCCCUCGGAGGAGGCGCGCGAGUCCGUGUUGAAGAUCCACGCCCGCAAGUUGAACUGCGACAGCGCGCUGGUCAACUGGCGCGAGUUGGCCCGCUCCACGGACGAGUUCAACGGCGCGCAGUUGAAGGCCGUGACGGUGGAGGCGGGCAUGAUCGCCUUGCGCAACGGCAAGCUGGUCAUCCGCCACGAGGACUUCGUCGAGGCCAUUGGCGAGGUGCAGGCGCGCAAGUCCAAGUCCGUGAACUUCUACGCCUAG